GUCAGGUAACGCCAUCUUUGACGACAACACCCACAUUCAUCACAAUGGCACCCGCAGCAACCGGCGGCAAGAAGCAGAAGAAGAAGUGGUCGAAGGGAAAGGUUAAGGACAAGGCCAACCAUGCUGUCGUCCUCGAUAAGCAGACCUCAGACAAGCUCCAGAAGGAUGUCCAAUCCUACCGCCUGAUCACCGUCGCUACCCUCGUCGACCGUCUGAAGAUCAACGGAUCGUUGGCUCGGAGAGCGCUUGCGGAUUUGGAGGAGAAGGGUUUGAUUAAGAAGGUUGUUGGACACUCCAAGUUGAGCAUCUACACACGAGCAGUCGGCGCCACAGACUAAACAACCUCGCAUCCAAACGACAAGAAAACGAAAAUUGGUGGAUGCGUUCCUUCUUGGGGUUCCUGUUUUCUCUUUACCAACCUUCUUCCUCUUUCCCAUUAUCGGCGGCGUAUCACGAUGAAAUAAGGUCAUCAUACAUUUGGGCAUGGCGGACAUGAUAUGAGAGGACGAGCCCGGGGGUAGCCUCAUGGGUUCAGAUUAUGUAUCGAAAUGAGAAGGCCACAAGGAAUGGAUCCAAGAUGUGCAUUAACGCCAGUUGCGGUGUCGCUUUCGUGAUUGGCGUAUGAGUCGUGUGAAAUCAUGAAUAAGGUGGAGAUUGUGAUGAAUGUCUUGAUAUUGACAUGGUAACAACACCUUCCUAGAGGUUGUGGAGACUUUCGAGGCUCCCUCUCGUCCUCGGACUAUAUCUUGACUCACUGUCCAUUUGACCUGCAUUCUAUUCUCAUCUUUUCGACAAUUUAAACGAAUUCUCUGCACAUUCAGCUUUGUGCCUUUC